UGAUUCGCUCCGGAUCGGUAUCGGAAUAUUUCUGGCCAUAUAUAGUACAAGUUUGCCAUCGAUAUGCGUCGAAUUCGUCGGCGGUUGAGUCUAUAGAAAGCUGUGAAAAAACCAAGUCAGCCAUUAUGGAGUUUACCAUACUUACCCUAAAUUGGUUCGACGUGAUUUCGGUGGCGCUGACAUUUCUUGUGAUUUUCCUAGUGCAAGUUCUCAACGUGUAUUUGCAUUUGCUAAACGAUAGUGCCGAUAAUGCCACCUCGAUCGAUGUGGUCGACAGGGCCCCCGCGAAAGAGUCUCCCCCAGUGGAGUCGCCCAGCUCCCCCCUAGCCACCACCCCGAAAUCGCCCACUUUGGCCAACGGAAAGCUGGAGAAGCAAAUAAGCCUGCUGGACAACGAUAGCGGCAUCUCAUUGAGCUCCAUCAACACCUGUGGCACCACAGCAGCGAACUCAUCUCCGACCCACCGAACACACAAUGGCUUCCACACUUUCCCCUCGCACACGCUCAGUUUCGAGACCCUGGGCGAUGAGUACCACGAAGACGAGGACACCCUGUCGCUGGAGAAUCUGUUUCCGUGCGACCAAACCGAGAUCUACGCCUCCAAGAAGAUCAGCUUCAUAAUCGACGAGCUCAUCCAAACGGAGGUGAACUACGUGAACAAUCUGAAGAAGGGGAUGGUGAACUAUGGGAAACUGAAGGACGUGGAGGAUCUGCCAGAGGGACUGAGUGGCGAAGCGAAGCAGAAACUGCUGAUCGGAAACAUAGAGGAGAUUCUGGAGCUCCACGAGCAGGAGAUUCUGCCCCUCAUGCUGCGCAACCAGCGGGAUCUCAAAGGCCUCUUCGACGAGUUCGCCGCACACUUCGAGAAAAACCGCUUCUACUGCUAUGUGAGCUUCACCAUGGGCAAGAAAUCUUCAAUGCAACUGCGACAAGACAACCGAAUGUGGUUGCAGACCUAUCAAACCACAAUAAAAGACAAGCUGGGCAUCGACAGCUUCCUAGUUCAGCCCAUCCAAAGACUGACCAGAUAUCCCUUGCUCCUGCAGCAAUUCAUAUCGGAAUUCUACAAAAGUGGAAUUAGCUGCAAACCUGUGCUGACUGCCGUUUGCAAACUGGAGACGCGGAUGCGACGCGCUCUGGAUGUUGUCAACCAGGCAGAGGAGAUCCCCAAUAUCGAGGAGCUCAAUGAGUUGGACCUCCUGCAGUUGGGUAACUUCCGGCGGUCGACGGAGUUCGAUGCCCAGCACUUUCCCACCCGGAAAAAGUAUCGCUCGAAGGUGUUCCUCUUCGACAGGUGCCUCGUGUGCACGGAGGUGCGGAAGAAGCGGCUGGCCUACCGGCAGCACUACCACUGGGAGCACGUGGAGCUGCAGAGGCCGCUGGAUUCGGCCACGGGGAACGCCAACAAGAUCAUCAACCUGCUGGUGAAGCAGCAGGAGGGGGCAUCGAAGGAUGGCGGUGGCAGGAAGGAGGAGUACUCCUUCGUGGCCGCGGAGGCGGCGGUGGUGAAGCAAUGGCUCCAGGCCACCCACAAGAUCAUCGAGAUCGCGCGGCACGAGCACGCCAGGCGGAACACCUUCAGCCUGCCCAUGGACCUGGUGCUCGGAGUGAUCGGGGCCAUCUGGCUGAUUUGGCAGUACUUGUAGGAAUCCCAUCCAAACCACGUCCUAAUCCCCAUCCACUCACAACUCUAGAUCGUAGAUAUCUAAGAAUAAAGCUAAGUUAUUUCGUA